AUGACAGUGUGCAGUGUUCAGAUCGACAUCAGUCUGACAUGUGAGCAAGGCACUGUGGUGUCGAGAAGUGGUCAUAAAAAUAACAGUAUGGAGUUGAAAAUGAAACCCGUUCUGAUGGCAGUGUUUUUACACAUUUUAUCCACCUCUCUUCAGGAAGAAAGUCUGGCUCGUUUAUCUCCAGCACGAAUUUACAAUGGUGGAGUGACCAAAGUGAACGAAAGUGAAAACGUCACUUUUAAGUGCAAAGCUGAUAACAUUAAAGAAAACACAAGCAUAAUAUAUAUGUACCUCUUCAAGCAUGGUGAGACAGUCGUGCUACAAGCUAUUAACGCUACAACAGAAUACGACACAGUGUUUACCCUUACCAACAUUACUGUAGAACAUUCUGGAUGUUACACAUGCCUUUACUCUGAAGAGGAUCUCCGUGUCAGUAGGACAAAUGCAACUGGACACAACUCCGUCUCACUCGAGGUUUUGAGUAAAAUAUUACCAGGGAAGAUUGAAAUUACAGAAAAAGGAGAAACUUUGAAACUGACCUGCACCUUUACAAAAAUUCCAAACUGUGCUCAAGUCUACGUUUAUCUCACUUUCAAUGGGAUUGGAAACAGCAAGAAGCAGGUGAUCUGCAGUCACACGACCAUUUCCACAACAUUUCAGCUUAUUUUUUCUAAAGAAAACUCUGGGAACUACAGCUGUGUGUAUUCAGUGUCUAACUACAGUCUCAGUGAGGUGAGAAAUACAGGAGAAAACACCAUCUUUGUUAAAGAACACGAAGCAACCACUAUUCCACUGAGCUUAAUAAUUGGUGUUUUGGUUGCUGUAUCAGUGGUUCUGCUGGCUCUGUUCGGAUUCUACCGCUAUCAAGACAUUCUUUCUAUCAAGGUGUGCCAAGAUCCUGAAGUAAGAAACAUUCCAAACCACGAGCCUUUCUACCACGAGAUCGCGACAGAAGAUCAUUUGUACACGCUUGCAGAUGGAGAGCUUAAAAGCUUCGGUGGAAGUCCAGUGGAAUUGGUGGACAGUGCAACUGCUCCAUACAGCACAGUACAAAUGCAUGAAGCAGAUGAACAACCUUCUAACAGAACCACAGAAGCAGCUUAUUAUGACAGUAUAAAAGCUCCAUACGCUGCCAUCCAGAAACGUAAAGCUUCAGAAACUUAUGCGAUCUACAGCCUGGAGAAGUGCUGAGGUACAAAAGCCAACAAUAAAAACCACACAGGACAUCAAACCCAAGACCACAUAACCGUUCACACACAACCUUUAAUACUGAAAGCGUCUCUUAUUGAAGAGUGAAACUUGACAAAGAGAAACGCUGAGUUUCACAAAGACAAGCCGCUUCGUUACAAAUCACACUGUAGAGGACUAUUUUGUGUAGUGGAUCUCUGAGUUUUUAACUGUUGGCUUGUAUUCUGUAUUUUUUUUACCAAAGGAUAAGCCAGAGCUGAUGAUUUCUGUAUAUUAUCACCAUCUUUAAUGUUCCAUUCUGUGAUUUUCAUGAUAAAAAUUUGCUUUUUCCAUGGAUUUCAUGUAUUUGUGACUUAUUUAGUUGACAGUAAAACAAAACGCUGAUAUUAUGAGAGGAGUGAGCGUCUUAGGUGAUAUAUUUUUGUGUAAAU